GAGUCGCAGCCUGUGGUUAUCAGUCACCACCUGACAGUGCUCCGGUUUUCGUAUCGCCUUUCGAGUGCAGCAGAGCUCAGCCCAGCCACCAUGUCCGUCCUGAAAGUAUUCAUCUUCGUCGCCCUCUUCGCCGUGGCCUACUGCGCCCCCAGUCCCGGCUUCUUUGGCAAACACGAGCACCACACCAUCCACGUACCCUACAAGGUGCACACGGUGCACCACCACCACGUCCAGAAGGUCCAUGUGCCGGUGGUGAAGCACGUGCCGGUGCCCAUCUACAAGGAGGUGCCGGUGCACCACGUCCACCACGAGGAGAUUCCCGUGCCAGUGCACCACGUCCACCACGAGGAGAUCCCGGUGCACCACGUGUUCGAUGACCACCACGAUCACCACGGCUGGAGCUCCCACCACGGACACGGCUGGCUGUAAGCCAUCUGCCCGCUGGCCUGCUUGUCUUCAAACCCACUACUCAGCCAGUCCCAUCUGAAGCAGCCUGUAAAUACUGUACAAUGCUAAGUUAAUGAAUGUAAAUAAAUCACAAUUCGACUGUACACAGAAC